UUGCAUGAUGGUUAGUAACAUCCAAGAUGGCGGACGAAACACUUCCUGAAAUCGACGAGGCGGAAUUUUACCGAAGCUUGCUGCUAGAACAGGCCAUGAAAACACACCAAGAGGAGGAUAAAGACUUUAUAGAGUUCUUCCCUGAUCAUGGCUUUGUCUUCAAGUCUAAAGUUACCGCCGAUGCAGGAGUGAAAAAAGUAUUCGUCAAUAUCUGCACAUCUGAGCACAUCCCAAAGGCGAAAGACAUCUCUGAGCAAGAGCUCGCUGAAAUCCUCGACUCUGAAGACCCGAUGAGGUACCGUGUUCCACUCAGCCUUGGAGAGCCACACGCCGAGAUGGAUAAAAGUGGCAAUGGUUGCACUGUUUAUGACAUUGUCAUUAACCCAACAUUUUUAAAGAAAGUGCAAGAAAACACAUUUUUCAAAAACUUCUUCCUAACUGUGGUGUUCCAAGGGCUUGAAGAGAAAUAUGGCUUGGAUUUAGACCGAAGUUGGACAAUUUUAAAGAACAAAAAAUAUAUGGGAAAGCCACAAAUGCAUUAUGUUAGAAAGAAAAGCAAACCUGUCAUCAUGGACUUGACAAAUUCUGCGGACAAGGAGGAAAGCAGUAAAUCAACAUCUCAAUUGAUAUCAACCCUGGAGCCAAGCAUACCUCAGCCUAUGUAUAAUAUAUUAACAGAACCAUCUGAUGACAAACCAGAGUUUAUUGUACUUGAAAUAUCUUUACCAGGAUUGAAAUCCAUCAAAGAUACAGCACUAGAUGUUGGCGAAGACAGACUACUAUUACAUGUUGAUCCUAACAGAUACCACCUUGAUCUUGACCUUCCUCAUAAUGUUGACGUUGAGACAUGUGGGGCACAGUUCAAUAAAAAAACAAAGUUGCUUACAGUAACUCUAGCAGUCAAAUUCCAAGAAAGCUGAUAACCUUCCAAGGUGAAUCUCAUCUAACUGUCAUCAGUGGUAUUCAAGUUAAGUUGUUUGUCAGGCAAGUGAGUGACAGCGCACCAUAUGAAAACAAAGACAACAAACAAUAUGCACUAUGGCUGGUAUUUAUUACACUUCCAUGUGAGUCUCCUGAGAUAAAUAAUGACAUGUUAUGAAUAGGGCAUGAACUUUGUGGAUAAAAUGCUGGCUGGUAGGACAAGUCUCAAGUUUCCAGAGGAAGAAUUUUGCACGAAAUAUUAUUUCUCUCAAUUCUCAUUCAAACUUCAUGUUAUCAGCUUCAUUCAAAGGAAAAAAUACUUGAAUAGGGUCACACUUUUCUUAUCAUUGUAUCCUUUUUGUAUUAUAUCCUUUUUACUUUAUUCUUAAUAAUUACGACCAAAGGAAUGAGUAUGAAAAUCUCCUACUUGUUCUCUACGUAAAUUGAUGUCAAUUGCUUCUGAAGAAAAAAAAUAUUUCAUCUCUUUUUUUUAAUGUUCCAUGUUUUGUUACCUUGUUACCUUAUAUUAAAAUAUAUGUUGAAAAAGAAAUAUUAAAGAGACUAAGUUUUAUUGUUCUUUUUGUAUAAAUUGGCUAUUAGUCGCACUGAGGCAAAUGCUAGACUUACCGUCUCUAUUCAAUUUAAGUAAAUUACUUAGUUAAAAAUUGAUUUGAUUUGGGAUAACUCUGUUCUAUCCGUAUUUUUCCCAGGUUAUCAUGUUCACUUUUUAUACCAAUAACAUACUGAUAUUCUACUUUUCGGCUUUUCUUAUCUAAAAGAGCGCCCCAGACAAAUUAAGUAAUUGCAUAGAAAGAGCAUUUUCUUUCUCUUCCUUGUGUUAUUUCAGUGUUUUCGCCUUAUUGUCUGCGAAGUGCAGUUCUCUAAAUAAACUAAUUACUCACUUCCGUCGGCCGAUACAAUUAAGUGGUUUUUGAUGAGCCAAAUUGAUCAAAUUCUUUUAAUUGCAAAACCUCGUCCAUUUUAUCACAUAAUGCGCAGAUGCGGUCCAUCUUCAAAAGAAUGAAAAUUCAUAUCCCAAAAUCUCAUCAGAUACAAAAGCCAACUAGUUACGUUUAAAAGAGUAAAAAAGAAAGAGUAAAAAAGUAGUAAUCAGUAAAACAACGGCGAAUAGGACUAUAUACAUAUUUAGAAUAUUCAAAGGUAAGGUUGGUUUUAGCUCGUGGUUUUCGAGGAAUCGCUUAUUCAUCGCUCUUGUUGAGUGGGUGAGCGUAAAA